AUGGGGAUCAUGACAAAAGGCAUUGAAACUUCUACACACGAUAUGCCGUCAGCUUCACCCAAACCAGCAUCGAGGACUGGCUUCUCAAACAAGGAGUUCUAUGACAACUUCACCCCCUCCAUCAACAACGAACUGACAAUCGACCGAGUGGAUCUUGAUGAAGACCUUAUUGGUGACGACUCCAGUAAUGAGCAAAAGUUGGUAAAGGACGAGAGCGACAAGGCCAAAGGAAAGAAGACUCAGAUCAUGACCCAAAGAAGGGACUCCAGCACCAGCAGUAAUGAUGAUGACUCAGACUCGAUGUCCUAUCCACCAGAGGAGAUAAUUGCCGACCAUAUGUUCGGCGGCUCUGUGUCCUACAAGUCCAAGAAGCAAGACAACUUCCAGAUAGAGAAGAUUAUGUUUGAUGUGGUCGACUUCAAGAUGGCGUAUAAUGCCAUCUUGGGAGGACCGGCUCUGGCCAAGUUCAUGGUUGCCGCUCACUACGCCUACCAGUACAUGAAGAUCUCGAGGCUCGAAGGGGUCAUCACAGUUCAGGGUUGCCCCAAGAUAGGCCUUCGUUGUGACAAGUGCAGCCUCGACAUGGCUACUCAACACCAACCCGAUAAGGAAGCUAAGAGCUCAAAGAUCAAGGUGAACUAG